CUCAAGGUCGUUCACUCCUACAACGUCACACCCACUCCAGGUCGAGAGUGCUCGAGGUCAUAUAUGCUCAAGGUCACACUUCAAGGUCACUCGGAAACUCAAGGUCACUCGGAAACGCAAGGUCACAUUUCAAGGUCACUCGAAAACUCAAGGUCACACUUCAAGAGGUCCCACCCACUUCAGGUCGAGAGUGUUCGAGGUCAUAUGUGCUCAAGGUCACACUUCAAGGUCACUCGGAAACUCAAGGUCACAAUUCAAGGUCAAUAG